AGUCCAUUUUAAAUUCUCUUCAUUUUCUCUCUCUUUCUCUUUUAUUUUGAGAUUUUAUAUUAUCCAGAAUCGUUAUCAGAAGCAGAAGCAAAAAAGAACAAGAGGUUACAUACAACAACAACAAUGGUAGCUAUGGCUAUGGCUUCUCUUCAGAGUUCCAUGUCCUCACUCUCCCUCUCCUCCAACUCUUUCUUAGGCCAACCUCUCUCUCCCAUCACUCUCUCCCCUUUUCUUCAGGGUAAGCCAACAGAGAAGAAAUGUCUUAUUGUAAUGAAGCUUAAACGAUGGGAGCGAAAGGAAUGUAAACCAAACAGCCUUCCCGUAUUACACAAAUUGCAUGUUAAAGUUGGAGAUACAGUGAAAGUCAUAUCGGGACAUGAAAAGGGUCAAAUAGGGGAGAUUACUAAGAUCUUCAAACACAACAGCAGUGUCAUUGUUAAAGACAUAAACUUGAAGACAAAGCAUGUGAAAAGUAACCAAGAGGGAGAACCCGGACAAAUAAAUAAGGUCGAAGCUCCUAUCCACAGUUCAAAUGUGAUGCUUUACUCCAAAGAAAAGGAUGUAACAAGCCGCGUAGGUCAUAAAGUUCUUGAAAAUGGUAAAAGAGUUCGCUACCUGAUAAAAACUGGAGAGAUAAUUGAUAGUGAAGAAAAUUGGAAGAAACUGAAGGAAGCUAAUAAGAAAACUGCAGAAGUUGCUGCUACCUAGUUUUACUGUAUUACUUCAUGUAUUCAGCAGUUAUGUAACUCUAUGUACUUGUAUUUUUUUGCUCAUUUUAUUUUAAGUGUAUAUUAUGUUAUUAUUUUUGUUGCCUAUGUUGAUCUCAUACACAACUUAGCAAUUGAAUUUGUUGUCUUUUUAGAGAGAAAAUGUUCUUGACUCUCUCUACCUGCUGGAGAACUGUCUCAUGCACACAAUUCAUACACUUGCUCAUUUUGUAUCAAAUGGAUGUUUAAAUUAUUUACGAGUAGAUGAAGUUUAUGUUAA